AUGCGGAGUGAUAAACAGUUCAUUGAAGACCCCAUGGAGUUCAUCGAGGAGGAGCGCGAGCUGCGGGCGUUUUUGAACAUCGAAGACGAGAUCAAAGUGGUGGAAAACUCCAAGAGUGAGAAUUCAGAGCAGGACAAUGUAAGCAAAAGAGAAAAUGAGUCAAUGCGGAGUGAUGAACAGUUCAUUGAAGACCCCAUGGAGUUCAUCGAGGAGGAGCGCGAGCUGCUGGCGUUUUUGAACAUCGAAGACGAGAUCAAAGUGGUGGAAAACUCCAAGAGUGAGAAUUCAGAGCAGGACAAUGUAAGCAAAAGAGAAAAUGAGUCAAUGCGGAGUGAUGAACAGUUCAUUGAAGACCCCAUGGAGUUCAUCGAGGAGGAGCGCGAGCUGCGGGCGUUUUUGAACAUCGAAGACGAGAUCAAAGUGGUGGAAAACUCCAAGAGUGAGAAUUCAGAGCGUACGUACUGUGAGAAGCAGCAAAGAGGUUAA